CUCUUUUCUCGCCUCUAUCCUCAUGUUGCGCUCAUUGACCUCUUCCUCCUUGAAGGCUAACACUGUCCGCCAGGUCCGUCUCUUCAGCGCUGCUUCUGCUUCUUUGCAAAAGUUCCGUGCUGAGCGUGAUACUUUCGGCGACCUCCAGGUGCCUGCCGAUAGAUACUGGGGUGCUCAGACCCAGAGAUCCCUCCAGAACUUUGAUAUCGGUGGUCCCCGUGAGCGUAUGCCUGAGCCUUUGAUCAAGGCUUUUGGUGUCCUCAAGAAGGCUGCUGCUACUGUCAACAUGACCUACGGUUUAGACCCCAAGGUUGGUGAGGCUAUCCAGCGUGCUGCUGAUGAGGUUAUCGAUGGUACCUUGCUUGAGCACUUCCCUCUUGUUGUCUGGCAGACUGGUUCUGGAACUCAGACUAACAUGAAUGUCAACGAGGUUAUCUCCAACCGUGCUAUUGAGAUGCUCGGUGGUGAACUUGGAAGCAAGUCCCCUGUCCACCCCAACGACCAUGUCAACAUGAGUCAGUCUUCCAACGACACUUUCCCCACUGCUAUGCACGUUGCUGCUGCUGUCGAGAUUAACCAUCGUCUUAUCCCCGCUCUUACCCAGCUCCGUGACGCUCUCCACGCCAAGGAGAAGGAGUUCAACCACAUUAUCAAGAUUGGACGCACUCACUUGCAGGAUGCCACUCCCCUCACUCUUGGUCAGGAAUUCUCUGGCUACGUUCAGCAGUUGACCUUUGGUAUCAAGCGUGUCACCAGCUCCCUUGAGCACCUUUCUAACCUUGCCCAGGGUGGAACCGCUGUUGGUACUGGUCUCAACACUCGCCCUGGUUUCGAUUCCAAGGUAGCUGAGGCCAUCUCCCAGAUCACCGGCCUUCCCUUCAAGACUGCCCCCAACAAGUUUGAGGCUCUUGCUGCUCACGAUGCCAUUGUUGAGGCCCACGGUGCUUUGAACACUGUUGCUGUUUCUCUCAUGAAGAUUGCUAACGACAUCCGUUUCCUUGGUUCUGGACCCCGUUGCGGUCUUGGUGAGCUCUCCCUCCCCGAAAACGAGCCUGGAUCUUCCAUUAUGCCCGGUAAGGUCAACCCUACUCAGUGCGAGGCCAUGACUAUGGUCUGCUCCCAGGUUAUGGGCAACAACACCACUGUCUCCAUUGCUGGUUCCAACGGUCACUUUGAGUUGAACGUCUUCAAGCCCGUUAUGAUCAAGAACUUGAUCCAGUCCAUCCGUCUCUUGUCCGAUGCCUCUGUAUCCUUCACCAACAACUGUGUUGUCGGUAUCCAAGCUAACGAGAAGAAGAUCAACAGCAUCAUGAACGAGUCUCUUAUGUUGGUUACUGCUCUCAACCCUUAUAUUGGUUAUGACAACGCUGCCAAGUGUGCCAAGAAAGCACACAAGGAAGGUACCACCUUGAAGGAGGCUGCCAUCUCUCUCGGUGUCUUGACUGAGGAGCAGUUCAAGGAAUGGGUCCGCCCCGAAGAAAUGCUUGGCCCUAAGUAAAGUGUUUACAUGGCGGCAUAGAUGAAGCAACUUUAUAGACUAAGAAUGAUAGUCUUCAUUCUCUAUUUUUUACUCUUUUUUUUUAAAAAAAAAACUUCUUUCAUUAUAAAAACUAUGAACAUAUAUACAUAAUGAACCCCCUUUCUCUACCUAUAUUUUUGUUUCAAAAAAUAGAAUAUUCCUCUUUAACAAACAAACAAAAAAAAGUCAUACAAAUC